UCUCGCGGAAGAACGGCUCGAGCGAUGAGAACUGAGGCGUUAGCUUGGUUGCUAACUGAGGCGAUUUGGUUAAAAAACAUAUAAACUGUACCUUUUGUGAGGUAAUCUCUGAUGAGCAACGGCAUGAGAACCAGCGCCUCCUCGCCACCGCUGCAUGUGCACGUGAACGAAAGUACACCCGUACAUGUGCAUGUGAAGAAGUGCACACAGUCCAACAGCAUGAAGCCAAGCCAGGGGAAGGCAAAAGGAUGUUUACGCCCCACUGCUAAAGUAAAGACGAGGGUACCGUGGAUUCCUCCAGGAAAAGCCUCAACAAGAGACGCUACAUACAAGUGGGAGGGUCCCACCCAUCGUUUGGAGAUCACGCCCCUACCCGAGCCAGACUCUGCUCUGCGUAUGGAGGAUCUGUCCACGGACGAGGAGGUGGCCCUGCACGGACGCAUCAACCAGUACGAGAGGAAGAUUGAUAGCUUGAUGACAGAGGUCAGCUCUCUGAAGAACGAGGUGGAGCUGCGUAAGAAAGAGCAGAUGCUGGAGCGUCAGUCCGAGCGGCUCAACGUCUCACAGCGGGUCAUCGCCGAGCAGGAAGAGGAGCUGGCCGAGGUCGCCAAGGAGCUGGAGAUUACCGAGCGGGAAAACACGCUCCUCCGGGAGUCCAUGGAGAAAAUGCUGGAGGAGAACAGCUAUGGCAGGCUGGAAAGGGAGAGCCUGCAACAGGAGAAGGAUUUGCUUCUGAAGAAGCUUCUGGAAGCAGAACUGGACAGCACCGCCGCCACCAAGCAGGUUCUGGCCCUCCGUGACACUCUCAGCAGAAUAUCCAGGACUGAGAAGCGGAUCACUGGGUCGGACUCGUCUCUGCUGGCCCGGCAGAAGGAUCUCCUACUGCAGAAACUGGAGACGUUCGAGAGAACCAACCGAACCCUCAGACGCCUGCUGAGGGAGCAGCAUGAGCGUGAGAUGGACUCACUUCAGCUGCUGGAGCAGAAAGAUUCUCUCCUGAAGAGACUCACUGAUGUGGAGGCUGAAAACUCGCAUCUCCAGAUGAAGCUGCAGGAUCAGGAGAAGGAAGUCAGUCAGCUCACCUCGCUCCUGGAGAACGAGAAGGAGAACUUAAGGACCACGGGUGAACUGUCCAAAGCCCUGGAAUCCACCAGAGCUCAUCUGCAGGGCCAGCUACGCAGCAAAGAGGCAGAAAAUAACCGCCUGUCUGUGCAGAUCAAGAACCUGGAGCGAGCUGCGGGUCAGCAUCAGGAGGAUCUGGAGCAGGCCCAGGUUCAGCUGCGAGAGAUGAAGCAGCGCUCCGAGGCAGAUAAAGAAGCUCUGAAGAAAGCCACGCGUGCCCUUAAACAGCGAGCGGAGCGCAGCGAGGACACCUCGGGUCAGCUCCACGCUAAGCUGGCCGAGAUGGAAGCUCGGCUGGCAGAAGCCGUCGUGACGGCCGAGAGCUGGAGCAGUCGCCACGCCAAAGAGCUGAAGGACAAGGGACAGCUAGACGUGGAGAUCACGGUCCUCAACAACCGAAUCACAGACCUGACCGAGCAGCUCCACACACAGGAGGAGAAAGUACGGGCGGAGAGAGACGGCCUGCUGGACCGCCUGCACAUCCUCACCUCGGAGAGCACCACGGUCCGACUGGAGAACCAGAGCCUCAAGGCGACACUUGCGGCGGUGGAGGAGAAGCUGUCCCUGUCCCGCUCCGAGGUGGACCAGGUCAAAGCCUCGGUGAAGCAGUACGAGAGUUUAGUGGACAGCUACAAGAUCCAGCUGCAGAAGACCCGGGCCGAGGCGGACGAGUACAGUAUACGCGUGCAGCAGGCGGAGCGCGAGUCCCGGGCUCUCAGGGAGGAGCUGGAUCAGGAGCUGGAACAGGCCAGGAAGCAGAUGCUGGGUCGCCUGAGCGAGCUGGAGCCGUUACCCGAGGCUCUGAGGCGUACCGAGAUCCAGCUGCAUGAGGCGCACGAGAGAGGGCGCUCGCAGGACAGGAGAGGCACCGAGCUCACCGCCGCCCUCGCCGAGCUCCGGCUGAAGCAGGUGGAGCAGCAGGACUCUCACCUGGAGAAAGCACAGCAGAGGCACGCUGCAUUACAGGAGGAGAACAGACAGCUCCAGCACAAAGUGGAGAACCUCGACAGGAAGUUAGACGAGGCCAGUUCCCAGAACAGAGAGCUAGUGCAGGCGGUAGCGAAGCGAGAAGAGAGCGUCCUCAAUAACCAGGCGCGUCUGGAGGAGAAGUCUCGGGAGUGCACCAUCCUGAACCGGCAGCUGGAGGAGGCGCUGGAGGACGCCAGGCGACAGAUGUCUCAGACCAGGGAGCGAGCCGCUUCUAAGGAACGUAGCACCCAGUCCAGAGUGAUAGACCUGGAGAACCAGCUGAGCAGAACCACCUCAGAGCUUAAUCAGCUACGCCGGGCCAAAGACGAGGCGGAGAGGAGGCAACAGAGUCGCUUGCAGGACGUCAAGGAUCGUCUGGAACAGUCCGAAAGCACCAACCGCAGCCUGCAGAACUACGUCCAGUUCCUCAAAGCUUCCUACGCCAGCGUGUUCGGGGACACGCCCCUCACCGGGUCCUCACUCAGAGCCCAUACGGGUAUCUGACACCCCUCACCACGUGCCUGAGGUGAAACACACACUCGUAACUGUCCUACACACAGCUGAUCCGAAUUCACGUCACCUCUUUAUAUGGACACGUGGUAGAAUUUAAUGAUUUUUUUGAUGUUUGACAUAUUUGUGGUGUAUCAGAUUUUAUUAAACACGUGAUGUUUACAUGAAGGAUGAUUCUCAGUGCCGGUUCUGAUACAGAUCAGUGUCUGUGAAAUGGGUGCUAAUAUUUAUAUUCUUUACACUUUUAUAUCCUUAUAAACUCACAUUAUUUUGCGGUUGGACGUGCACUUUUGGUUCUUAAACCUUUUACAUUUAGCAGACGCUUUUAUAUAAAGCGACUUACAGUUGUGACAGUAUACAAUCUAAGCAAUUGAGGGUUAAGGGCCUUGCUCAAGGGCCCGACAGUAGCAACCUGGCAGUGGUGAGGCUUGAACCGGCAACCUUCUGAUUACUGGACCAGUACCUUAACCACUAGGCUACAGCUGCCCUUAUAGACCCAGAACCUCUCUCACACACACACACACACACACACAGAGUAAUCCUGAUUGAUCAGUGGCUAUUGUACAUUACAUUGCCUGCACUAAUCAGGACCAACAAUAAUCACAUCAUGAUAGAUACACUAUAUUGCCAAAAGUAUGUAGACACCCAUCCUGGUUGAGCUUGAUGUCUCCAGAUUCGUGGUCAAUUCUAAAAACUCCAAACCAAACACUAGUGAACCUUCUCACCCAACGUCCAUGCCCGACGGGCUCAAAUUCCAAUAUCCUGUGAUGUCCAUAUACACUAUACAACCAAAAGUAUUUGGACACCUGACCAUGAGCUUGUUGGACAUUCUAUUAAAAAUAGAGUGAGCUCUGUAUGAAUAACAGCCGUUCUUCUGAGAAGCUUCUCACAAGACUUUAAAGUAUAUUUGUGCCCGUCCAGUGAGUAUGGCUGGGCACUAAUGAUGGAGUUCCGGUUCAUCCCAGAGCUGUUGAGUGGGGGCUGAGGUCAGGGCCCUGUUCGGGAGCUUGCUCAUGCUGUUGCAGCAAAGUCAGAAGCAUUAUAAUUCAUUGUUACACAUGUUGGAAUAAAUUGUACUGGCUGGAACACAUGAAUUCAGUCGUUAGAAGGGGCGUCCCAAUACUUUUGGUCAUGUAUUUUGCUGUAGAAUAUUGAAAUUAUUUGUCUGAUGAUGUGAGAAAAUGAAAGUUUAUGUUCUCGUACUGAAUAAUGAACUGAAACACGUCUCUGAUGUAUUUUAUAAAUGACUUACACUUUUUUUAAUAAAUAUUAAAUAUUAAAACCACUUUAAUGCC